UUGAGCUUGCCUCGGGCCAUAUGUUUGUCAGGUCUCUUGGACUCCCUCAAGUUUAACCGUUUGAGCCAAAUGGUUUCACCGGUUUACCGUUUCUUUGGCAUCUGUCGCGGCAGUAUAGUCAUUAGCAGCGUUAAAACUCGCAGAGAUAAGCGGUGGGGUUGAUUAAUGCGUUGUCUUGUUCCGCGGUGAUACGUCGUCUCUUCGUGUCCAAUAUGUGGUUGACUUUUCGUGGAGGAGAAAGAGGGGGGCGACAACGAGAGGAGGUAAAAUUUCAGGAAGCUGACAUGAUCCCCAAGUCAAGAAAAUCUUCAGACAUGAGAAAGGCAGUCAGCAUCCAGGAGAUUGCUGCUCUGGCCAGAUCCUCUUUAAAUGGCAUAUCCCAGGCGAUGAAGGACCAUGUGACCAAGCCCACGUCCCUGCAGGGUGGCAGGGUCGCCCACCUCAUAGAGUGGAAGGGUUGGCCCAAACCCACAGACUCCCCCACGGACACCCUCCACACACACUUCAACUCCUACUGCCACCUCACUGAGGGGGAACAGGAGGCGCGCUUCGCUGCAGGAGUGGCAGAGCAGUUUGCUAUCGCUGAGGCAAAGCUGAAAGCCUGGGCUUCUGUGGAUGAUGAUGAUGAGGAGGAAGCUGACAAAGAGUUUCUCCAGAACAACAGAAACACACUCACACUCUCUACCCGCUCAGACACCGCAACGUCCAAUCACGAGCCCAGAGUGUCAUUCCAGGCUGAGAUUGGCAGCAUUAAAGUUCCACCCUCUAUCAGCUCAACCAUUCCCGUUGGCUCUAGCAGCAACAGCCUGCACUGUGAUAGGCCCACAUCUAAGAAUGACCCAGCUCCACAGCAAAACGACCGGCCUAUUCUAGAGAGUGACCGGGCUAGCCCAUUCCCCAGAGAGGGGGAACUAGUGGAUGGCGAGGAUCAGCCUGUACCACAGCUAGAGACCGGUGGGGGUGUCUGUAUCGUCCACAAGCCUGACUGGAGGCCGAGGCUCAGAAGCAGUAGGUUUGACUCCUGCUAUUCAACCUCUCACUCUGAGUCUCUUGGAGAGGAGGAAGAGGAAGACGAAGAAGGGAGUGUGUUUCAGGAAGGUAGAGAGUGGCACUCCUGCCAGAGCCAGAGAAGCUUCUUCUCCGACAGAGGCUCGUCGGGAGUGGCGUCAUUCGAUGAGGAAGAGUAGGAGGUGGGGAAGGAGGUUGGAGGAGGAGAAAAGAGGGAGCAUUGGAUGUUGUGGAUGUUGUGUUUUUCAUCUUGUAGGUGUUCCCCUUGGAUAGUCUGUCGACUCUUAGAUAUGUAACUUAGUGAUGGCUAGCCUUUAUUCAUCUUCCAUCCUUCCUUUCCUUCCCUCCUCCUGUUUCUCUUUCUUUCCUCCAAUUCUUCCUUCCUUCCUUUUCUCGGCUUGUCUCUCCCUGCUUCCUCUGCACCCUGUUUCUUUUCUCUUUCUCUUCUUUUUCACUUCCUUGCCAAUUCUUUUGCUGAUAUUACGCUGUAUUUGAGAGUUGAAACUCGAUUCCCGAAUACUGUGUUGUUCAAACGGAGAGGUUUUAUGUUGUUAUUUCACUGGUUUUCUAUGGAUUGUUAUUGCCAUGUUUUCCCAGGACCAUGAUGUGAAGUCAAGUAAUGGGGUUUGUCCUGGAUGAAUAAAACAUGAUUUAA